AUGAAGAUCGACCUCUCUCACCGGAAUAUAAAUAAGUUCGAUUCAUCGGCAUUCUGUUCCGAGGAUGAGAAAGAAAUUCUUUGCUCUAUUGAACAACUGGACCUAUCCCACAACAACAUUCCGUCCCUUGGUAGUCUCCACUCACUUACAGCCCUAACGGUGUUGGAUGUUUCGCACAACAACCUAAUGUCGUUGCGGCCAGUGCCGACAACACUGCGACAACUGGACGCAUCAUUUAACGCGCUUCGCGAUCUCGACGGAGUGGCGCAGCUCCCACGGCUAGAGGUGCUCGUCGUCACAAACAAUCACGUGACCAGCCUCCUGGGGUUACCACCUACGUUGCUUACUCUGGAUGUGUCCGCUAAUAUGCUAAGCUCCUUUACGGGCGUGGAAAAAUGUACUAAUUUGAGGGAGGUACAGGCUCGGCAUAAUGUCGUUCGAUCGGCAGAGGGCCUCGUUUCUCUUAGGGGGCUUCGCUCACUGAAGACGUUGGCCUUAGCAGGAAACCCCGUUGCAAGCAGCCGCCGCCACUUCUUGGCUGUUCAAGCGGUUUUGCCACCGAGUAUAGCGACCAUCGACUUUCCGUCAACGGCGGCAGUAUUGGUUUCUACAUCUCACUCGGAUACGCCACCUCUGAGGGAUGCAACACAUCUCCCAGGGCAUUCCACAGACGCCCAUGAUGCUACGGCUUUCAAAAGCUCAUCUUCCUCCACAGCAGAAACCGAAGUAUCAGAGGAGGGGAAUAGGGAAAAACGCGUUUCCAGCCAUAAGGAAGAAGGAUGGGAAUGCAGUAAGGAGGUGUUGGCAUAUACUAUGCACACGCAGAGUGCACUUGAGGAAGUUAAUAACUUGGGAUGCAGAACUGCUUACACCAGUGUUGAUGUUUCACAGGACACUAGCGAUGGCCGCACCUCACCGCAGCCUAUCCACUCGGACCCCACUCAAUCUGUCGCAGAGUGUUACGAAGAGGACCCAAUGGAAUAUGUGUUGAGGCACUUGCAGUCAGAGCUCCGUUGCUGCCAGAUGACAUGUGAGUCAUACGAGAAGGCGAAUGGCGAACUUCAUCGACGUGUUCAAGCUCUGGAGCACACAAACGGGAAACUAGCUGAUGAGAACGCAGCACUUUUGGAAAGGCUGCAGAAGAUGCAACGCACCCUCGAUUGUGUCUUAUCUCCGCCGCCGGGGCGGAACAAUUUUGCAGGAACCUUUGAUGGCACAAGAGGUGUGGGUGAGCACGGCACCGUGCCAUCUCUUUCCUCGCAUGAGCAUACAUCUGGCAUAUUCAAUGAGAGGGCAGGAGCUACGCGAGAUGCUGUAGCGCAUGCCAAACUUAAUGGCAGUCCUAGCCGAAGUGGAAAAACAGCUGUUGGAGUAGCCUCCACAAAGAAGGCGGAGACGCGCCAGGGUGCCCGCUCACUGGCUAAGCUUCUGAUGGCUGUUGUUCCUCAACCGAAAGCAGGCACCGGCCCAUCACAACAUUGCAGUGUUGUUGAUCGUAGUACCAAUAAUAAUAAAAGCAUCAACAACAGCUCGCACUGCUACUCAAGUACACAGUCUCCAUUUGCAAGUGAUGCAUCUUGCCUGACGAAAAGCAUGAAUGUAUCCGCGUCCGGCGACGCGGAUUUCGAAAACUGA